AUCAAAAAUAAAUAAAUAAAUAAAAGUGAUAGCAGCUGAAAUGCAGGUCCGCCGAGCACAAAUAAAAUAGAAUAAAAAGAGAAUAUAUGCCUCAAAAGCUGGGUCCAAAAACUCCAAUCAGAAGGCUGGGUCGGUUAGCUUCUUCGUAAAUACUAACAACUUGAUUCGUGUUUUCUCUCUACCCGACCCUCCUUUUCGUGUUGAACUUUUCGAGCUUUCUUUUUCUUUCCUCAUUUCUUUAUAAUAAUUAAUAAGAAAAUUAAAAAAAAAGAAUAUUCCUUCUCAGUUUUUCUUGAUCACUGACAGUUCCAUCGACCUUCCAAACACGACAACAUUUGGUCUUUCAAACAAAUUAACUAUAUAGACAUACGUUUGUUUUAGUUAAGAACAGAGACAACAACAACAACAUAAACCAUUAGGCAAAACAUAACUACCAUAUAAUAUAAGAGCAUACAUUAAAUUAAAUGGGCCGCGGGCGCUGGUGGCGCUGGUGGGGUUUGGUUUUAGUGGUGGCGGUGGCGGUGGCGGUGGUUGCAACCACCGCUUCUCAAAGCAAAGAAGACCACCUGGUUUCUCGAAUUGCUUUUGGGUCAUGCUCCGACCAAUCCGACCCUCAGCGCAUAUGGAACGCAAUAAACAACUUUGAUCCCCAAGUUUUUAUUUGGCUUGGUGAUAAUAUUUAUGGAGACAUCAAGCAUCCUUUUAAGCUAUUUGGAAAGGAGAGAACACUCGGACCCUGGAAGAACAUUCCAAGGUUCACUCCUUCCUCCAAACAGGAAAUGGAGGCCAAGUACAAGAAAGCUAAGACUAAUCCUGGUUAUUCUCGUCUUAGGGAGAACACUAAGGUAAUUGGCACAUGGGAUGACCAUGAUUAUGGAUUGAAUGAUGCAGGAAAAGAAUUUAGUGAGAAAAUCACCAACCAAGGGCUUCUCCUUGAUUUUCUAGAUGAACCUCUGGAUAGUCCAAGGCGCAAGCAGGAAGGUGUCUAUGCAUCGUAUACAUUUGGUCCUGUGAGUAGACAAAUCAAGGUUAUCCUUUUAGAUACAAGAUACCACAGAGAUCCUCUGUUAAGCGAUGGAACUUUCUUAGGGAAGUCUCAAUGGGCAUGGUUAGAAAAAGAGCUGAAUGGUCCUGCAUCAGCCAUUACCAUAAUUGGAUCUUCUGUUCAGGUUAUUUCAAAUCAUUCGGGAGCAACUGGCCCUUUAUUUUUUUUUGAGUGUUGGGGACGUUUCCCUAAGGAGAGAGACCGCCUUUUCAAAUUGAUUGCAGAUAGCAAGAGAGAUGGAGUCUUCUUCAUAAGUGGUGAUGUUCAUUUUGGAGAAAUUGCUCGUUAUGACUGUGCUACUGGAUAUCCACUAUAUGAUAUAACGUCAAGUGGUCUUACAAAGGCAGUAGAGAAGGCAGUCCCACCACCAUUACAUCUCAUAUUAAAGUUUGUGGCACGGUUGACACCUACUACAAUGAGAGUCAUGGACAGAAACUGCAGAGACAGCUCAUGCACAUACGGUCAACCAAAUUUUGGUGCAAUUGAGAUAGACUGGGAUGCAACUCCAGUGACCUUGAAAAUUGAAGUCAGGGAUAUCAAUGGGUUUCCUGUGACUGGUGUUAAGGUUCCAUUAUUGGAACUGCAAGCAGGAAGUGUAGACCCUGUUGCUGCCAUCAAAGCAGGAGAAUAUCAAAGGCACUGUUCUCUUGAAGUUACUCUACCGUGGCUUGUCAGAUAUCGCCUGGCUAUUCUAUUCUAUGGUGCUGUUGCUGUGUUGCUUCUGGCUAUGAUAGGAAUCACUUCUGGGGCUAUAUCAAUCAGCAGGCGAUUACUCCACAAAUACAAGUGUGAUUGACCACUAUUUGUGCUACUUUAAUGAUUUGGUGAACACCUAUUCCACUACUCAGAAACUAACUUUGGGGACAAUUAUGUAUAGAAUGUAUUUAUAUCAAAGGUCUAGGGAGGCUUUUCUGUUAGAUGUAGAAUCCUGUUUUAUUGAUGCAUUGUCUUAGUCAGAUUUAUCGAAAUCAUUUUUAAGAAAAGCCUUCAGGUACCAUGGUAAACACAAUAUGUACAGUUGCAAGUUGCAACAACUCAUUAAAUUCUGCUACGAAUCUUCAAUUAAUUUAUUCCAUGGUAAUGAGAAUAGUUGCUCAGUGAAAUUUAUGUGA